ACACUCAAACUAAAAAACACCAUUCAUUUCCAACAAUGGAUCUUCUCCUAUUGGAAAAGACCCUUUUAGCCCUUUUCAUCGCCGCCACUAUCGCCAUCACAAUUUCAAAACUCCGUGGCAAAAGAUUCAAACUUCCACCAGGUCCAAUCCCAGUCCCCGUCUUCGGUAACUGGCUUCAAGUCGGCGAUGAUCUCAACCACCGUAAUCUCACCGACUUAGCAAAACGGUUCGGCGAUAUCUUCCUCCUUCGUAUGGGUCAAAGAAACCUCGUCGUAGUUUCAUCACCUGAACUCGCAAAAGAGGUUCUCCACACUCAAGGUGUCGAAUUCGGUUCCCGAACAAGGAACGUUGUUUUCGAUAUCUUCACCGGAAAAGGACAGGAUAUGGUUUUCACCGUUUACGGUGAACAUUGGCGGAAAAUGAGAAGAAUCAUGACGGUGCCGUUUUUCACAAACAAAGUUGUUCAACAGUACCGUUUUGGAUGGGAAUUUGAAGCUCAGAGUGUUGUCGACGAUGUUAAGAAAAAUCCAGAGGCGUGUUCGAGUGGAAUUGUUCUUCGGAGAAGAUUGCAACUUAUGAUGUAUAAUAUUAUGUAUAGGAUUAUGUUUGAUAGAAGAUUUGAGAGUGAAGAGGAUCCUUUGUUUGUGAAGCUUAAAGCUUUGAAUGGUGAAAGAAGUCGUUUGGCUCAAAGCUUUGAGUAUAAUUAUGGUGAUUUUAUUCCUAUUUUGAGACCCUUUUUGAAAGGUUAUUUGAAGCUUUGUAAAGAGGUUAAGGAUCGUAGGUUGCAGCUCUUCAAAGACUAUUUCGUUGAUGAGAGAAAGAAACUUGGAAGCACCAAGAGCACCACCAAUGAAGGACUGAAAUGUGCUAUUGAUCACAUUUUGGAUGCUCAACAGAAGGGUGAGAUCAAUGAUGACAAUGUUCUUUACAUUGUUGAGAACAUCAAUGUUGCUGCAAUUGAAACAACAUUAUGGUCAAUUGAAUGGGGCAUUGCUGAGCUAGUGAAUCACCAAAAGAUCCAAAACAAAGUAAGGGAAGAAAUUGAUAGAGUUCUUGGACCAGGACACCAAGUAACUGAACCAGAUCUCCAAAAGCUACCUUACCUACAAGCCGUAAUCAAAGAAACACUUCGUCUUCGAAUGGCGAUUCCACUCCUCGUCCCACACAUGAACCUUCACGAUGCAAAGCUCAGUGGUUUUGACAUCCCGGCCGAGAGCAAGAUAUUGGUCAAUGCGUGGUGGCUCGCAAACAACCCGGCCCAAUGGAAAAAGCCCGAGGAAUUUAGGCCCGAGAGGUUCUUAGAGGAAGAGUCUCAUGUCGAGGCUAAUGGAAAUGACUUUAGGUACCUUCCGUUCGGCGUUGGUAGAAGGAGUUGUCCUGGAAUUAUUCUCGCUUUACCGAUCCUCGGUAUUACUUUGGGACGAUUGGUUCAGAAUUUCGAGCUUUUGCCUCCUCCGGGACAGUCUAAGAUCGACACGGCUGAGAAAGGAGGACAAUUUAGUUUGCAUAUACUCAAACAUUCCACCAUUGUUUGUAAGCCAAGAUCAUUUAAUUAAUUAGUCCUCACAUCAAUAAUACCCUUUAAUUUGUUUUACUUUACUCUACUUUGUGUAAUGCAUAUUUCAAUGAUUAUGUGGGAAUGUUGGUAAUAUAUCAUUUGGCUUUGCAAAUGUGUAGGUAAAUAAUGUUGUUUUUGUGUUUGUCCCAUGUAAAUCUUUGAACUUGAAGUGAUGGUUUUGAGAUGAUUCUGGAAUAA